UACCGAACAAACAUUGUUGUUGUUUGAGUUAUUUCAGUGUUUUUAGUUAUUUAAAGUAAAAGUUUUCAAUUAAAAUGUGAAAUAUAAACAACCAAUUCGACAUACACUUAAAACCUACUUCACAGGAAUUCUUCUGUAUCUCAGUUUUUAUUAUAUGAUGCGAACUUUGUCGAUGUAUGAACACUUUGAAAAGUUAUCGAAUGUUUACUUCAGUUACUACAACUAGUGUAGUAAAUGUUAAUUCAUUGAAAUAAAUAAGUUUAUUACCCGUUUGUGCGUAAAACAGUCUACAACAUGUUCAUUUAUAUGAGUAAAAAGAUUGCCAUUCCCAAGCAGUCAAAUGUUACUUGUAUAUCAUGGAAUCAUUCCUCAGGCUAUAUUGCAGUGGGUGGGGAAGAAGGAAUGUUAAAAGUUUUAAAAUUGGAGUCUGGUGGUGGAGGAAAUCUGUCUAUGAACUUGAGUCUGGAAGGGCACACGGGUCAAUUGCGAGUGGCUAUUUGGAAUGAGGUGUACCAGAAACUGACCACAAGUGAUGAACAUGGAGUCAUCAUUGUCUGGAUGUUGUAUAAGGGUUCCUGGUAUGAAGAAAUGAUAAACAAUAGAAAUAAAUCUACUGUCUCAAGUAUGGCUUGGGGCUCAGAUGGGCAGAAGAUAUGCAUUGCCUAUGAGGAUGGUGCUGUCAUUGUUGGAUCUGUGGAUGGGUCCAGGGUAUGGGGUAAAGACAUAAAAGGGCCCGGGCUUACUGCUGUGCAAUGGUCUCCAGACAACACUCAGUUGCUGUUUGCUCUAGUUGGUGGAGAGCUGCAGUUGUAUGACGACCAAGGAAAUUUAACAAUGCCAGUUGCCAUAAAUGGUGUGACAGCAUCAAUGGAGGUGGUCGCGAUGGAUUGGUACGCCGGCAAGGCGCCGCCCAACCGGCCAGUGUUGAUGAUAUGUUACAAAACUGGAAUUAUAUUGCUGAUGAAAAAUUGCGUGGAAGAAGAUAGCAUAGUAGUUGAAACCAACAUGAUGGCCAUUGACUGCCAUUGGAACCACAAUGGAACUGUGUUAGCGGCCGCCGGGUGCACAUCAGACCAGACGAAUGUGGUACAAUUCUUCAGUGCCUAUGGGGAGCACAUUCGAACAUUACGAGUCCCCGGCGGAGCGAUGCGCUCGCUAUCCUGGGAGAAGCGGUCCCUGCGUCUCGCCAUCGCCAUCGACUCGUUCAUCUACUUCGCCAACGUGAAGCCCGACCACAAGUACGCGUUCUACGGGAACACGCUGGCGUACGUGUCAGGCACGGAAACGGUUACAUUCUGGGAUACAGUUACGUUACAGUCAUGGGUGAACCAUAUUCCGGACGUAAUAGACAUGUGUGGCACGGAUGAGUAUUGUGUUAUUGCCACACUCAAUAUGCUAAUUAUCUCCAAUCAGCAAGGUAUCCAAUGUGAUGCUAAGGUUGUAAGUAUACCCAUGGUGUACGUGGCUAUCAACAGUAAAGCGACGGUAGUUGCUGCGUCGAAAGAAUCAUUUCUGGUCUGGAAGUUCUCUACGCCGUCCAGACCAAGAAGCACAGAACAUUUAUUUCGCGCCGACGGGACGCCGGUUACAACAGGAGACGUCAGUUACCAAGACGAUACCAUUUGCUGUAUAACUUGCUCAGAUAGCCAUCUGCUGGUCGGUAGAGAUUCUGGCACGAUUCUGUUCUUCUCACUUGUGAAUUUCAAGAAGAUUACUUCGAUAAAUAUGAACUCCAGACCGUACAAAUUGGGACUUAAUUCUAAUUCCAGCAAAUUCUACGUAAUCGACCAGCCGGGUUCAUUAUACCUCCUCGACACUGACAUGGCCAACAACAUCAGCGUGGGGCAGGCGCUACGCAAGGACGUGUGGAGCGCGCUGUGGGCGAGUGACAACCCACAGAUGCUGGCCGUGGCUGAAAAGGCGCGCCUUUAUGUCAUGCGCGACACGGAGCCCGAGGAGCCGCUCGCGAUGCAGGGCUAUCUGUGCACAUUCAAGGAGCUGGAGAUCACAACAGCGCUACUAGACGGGAUCACGGACAAGUGCACGCCGCAGCACAUCGUGCGAGUGGAAGUCAAGUCUCUUAGGGACACUCGGCAGCUCAUUGAGAAAGUCGGCUUGAAGGAGGCAGAGAACUUCAUUAAGGACAACCCACACCCACAGUUAUGGUUGCUAUUAGCUGAAGCAGCAUUAAAAAAUUUAGAAACUGAGUCAGCUUUGGAGACGGCGGAGGCGGCCUUCGUACGGCGUAACGACUACGCGGGAAUUAGAUUCGUCUCGCGACUAAACGCGCUGCAUUCGAACGCGCUGAAGAAGGCAGAAAUACUUGCCUACUUUAAAGACUUCGAUGCAGCUGAAAAGAUAUACCAUGAUGAAGAUAGACGGGACUUGGCCAUAGCGCUCCGGAAACGCCUCGGGCACUGGUUCCGCGUGGUGGAGCUGCUCAAGCAAUCCGCGAGCACCACGGACGCGCAAGUCAAGCAGGCCUACAGCAACAUCGGCGACUACUAUAUAGACCGACAGAAUUGGGCCGGAGCUCUCGAGUAUUACACGAUGUCCAAUAACACGGAGGGGUUGAAGAAGUGUCACAUGGCGCUCGAGGACAACGAAGCCCUGUCGAAGCUGUUCACUGGCUCGCCUAGGCAACCUAAGGAUGCACCCAUGAAAACGAACAUUGACGAGAUGAGUGACAUCAUCAAUGAAACACCUUCCAUUCAAGGAAUUAUGCAGCUAAAGGAGACGGGUCGUAUGUUACAAGCUGCGACCAUGGCAUUUCAGCUUGCUAACAUUGAGGCAUCAAAGUGCGUGUCUCCAUCGCGCAUAAAGAAAUUAUACAUCCUAGCCGGACACCUGUACACUCAGAACUCUGUGGACGGAGCUAUGGGGCGGGAGGCCACACGCAGCUUCCGGCUGGGCGCCGCGCAGCACUGGCUGGCGAUGGCGGCGGAGCGCGCGCUCGCCCGCCCGCCGCGCGCCGACGCCGCGUUGCGCGCGGCCGGCCGCGUGUGCGCCGUCGUCGACGACUUGCAUCCCAAGCAGCACCUACAGGUAUGGUGCACAAUAGCAUCGAUAGCUGUGGAAGCGAGAGCGUUUGAAUUAUGUUCGAAGGCAUUCAUUAAACUCGAAGCUAUCGAUCCCGACAACUUUGAAAAGUUGGCAAUUGAAAUUUUUACCAGAUGUAAACCUAAGGAUGUAAAGGGAAAUAAAAUCGACUGUCCAAAUUGUAACGCCGCCAUACCCGAAUGGAAAGCAGUUUGCCCCAGCUGCGACACCGUGUUCCCGGGCUGCGCGGUGUCGGGGCGCGCGCUGGCGGCGCCGCGCGCCGUGUGGACGUGCGCCGCGUGCGCCGCGCGCGCGCAGCAGCACGACCUCGUGCUGCGGCACUCCUGCCCCAUGUGCCACGCACCGCUUUAAGGCCAAACGAACGAAUGACGUACGCAAGGACAAGUUUCCAGAAAAGUAGUGUUCUGGUUGUUCCCGGGCUCGUGCUGCGGCACUCCUGCCCCAUUUGUGCCAUCACGCACCGCAUAAGGCCAAGCGAACGUGUGACGCACAAAAGCAUGUUUCCAGGAAAGUUGUGUGCCCCAGGUGCGACAUCGAGUUCCCGGGCUGCGCGUUGUCGGGACACGCACUAUAGGCGCCACUCCUGCCCCAUGUACCAUACGCCGCUGUAAGGCAGUCUUCAGUUUGGGACAUCGCUAUAGGAACCGUGGGCGUUGGAGGGUCGGCCAUCUUGCGACCUGAAUCUGAAACAUAAACACUUCAUGCUAAAGCGAGUGCUGCCCUCUACAGUUCACGUACUUUUUCUGUUCUGCCAUCUUGUGGGCUACAUUGGAAGCUUAAACUUGGCAUUUACCUGAUCUAAACUGCAAAACGUAAUUCAAGACCAAAAAAAGUAAGACAAUGUUGGCACUGCAAUAAUUUGUUUGUAAAAUAGUAAAUUCCUUUUCAUAAAUAAUCACGCUAAGAUAAUUUAUUUAUAAGUAAUUUUACUCCUACGAUUUAAAAAAGUACUUUUAUUUACUUAUUUUUACAUAACAAGACGCGCUAGUAAAAAGUGGCAACAUUUUCUUACUUUUUUUGGUCUUGAAUUACGUUUUAUCACUGUGAUAAUUUGAUAUAAGAGAUGUAGUAACCGACUAUCCACGCUGAGUGAUUGACGAUUCACACUGGAGGCUAAUAAUAGUAGCUUAUUUUUUAACAGAAAACAUUUAUCCGUGUAGAAAAAAUCUCCUUAUUGCUACUCUCUAAUCGCCGCUGGUCGAGCAUCUGUAUGAAACAAAAAUUACUUCAAGCUACUUAUAAGCUAGAACAAAGAAUGGAUCACCCGCAAUCCAGGAUGGCGGCUCACUUUAUUUUUUUUAGAAUAACAUCACUUCACAAACCUUUUACGCACAUUGGAAUACAAUACAUAGCUGUUUUUCAGUAAUUACUGAUUUUAUUACUUAGAUACCUAGGUAUGUCUGUGUUGAAGAGGUUUUAUCACGCACGCAAUUAGCACGCAAGGUUUAGCUGUUAGUGCUGAUUGAAAGGAAAAGAUAAAAUGAAUUAAAAUUAAAACAUAAUACUGGGUUAAUUUAUGCCGUCCAUAUAAACACUUUUGUGAUGAUUAAUCCGUCCUUAGUAUACAAUUAGGCAGAUAGGGUAGGUACGAAGGAUUCGUUGUGUAUACAUUAAGAUAAGUAUUUAAGUAUAUAGGUAGGUAGGUAGGCUUAUUUGUUAUUGGGGUUCGAAUCCCUGAAAUACUCGAGUUUUUAGGGUGGAAUCACAUCUCUCAGCAUCGAGCCGCAUUUUAUAUACCUUCAUGAGAAAUCGCCCGUUAGUAUGAAGACGCGUACCUACGCAUCGGAAACCUGGAAGCAUGCGACUGCAUUUUCAUACUUUAAGAGCGAUUUCGCAUAUACUAUAAAAUGCGGCUCUGUGCUGACAGAUGUGAUUCCACCCUUAGUCUCCUAAAAUCCGCAAUUUGUCCGAAUAAAAAGUAAUUUAAAAUGAAAUAAUAUUUCCUUGUUUUAAAUCACUUUAUUGAUGGUUUUCAAAAGAUGUGUUUGACAUUGUGUUAUUGUGGGUACAGUAACUAGUUGAAUAUGAUGUGACUAGAAAAUUACUGUUGUCUUAGUCUUAUAAAUAACUGUUCUCUAAAUGCAAUGUUUUUAAAUAAUAAAGGUGUUUAAACUGUAUGUGAAUA